CAAAGAAGUCCACGUGACUCUAUUUUCCCGGGAACGAUAUUAAUAGUACUUCCGGUUUCUUUGUUCCACGUUGAAUAUUCGGGCGUGAAUUUUGCCAGCCUGUUAGGAAUUUGUUGCCGGAAUUGUCGAGAUUUAGGCAACAUUGUCGUGAUUUGGACGUGCAGGCGGGAACAGGGGGUUGUCCUUAUGUUUCCGGACUUAGUUUGAUAUUUUCUUGCCGACGGGUUAACGCGAGACGAGACCAGACAGGGAGAGCCAAAGCCCGCGACUAGACUCGGUAUUCCUGCAACGCGCUCCCAGUGGCGCUUGCCAGGACGUGGGCACAUUUUGUUUCUCCUACGGCAAGUGUAAACCCAAAAUAACACAGAAAAUGCUUAUGGAGCCGACCUUAACGACUGCUGUGGCAAGCCCAUGGGGCUCCCAGUUGCCACCCAGAGAACCAGAGGCAGCCCCUCAUGUGUACCACAAGUACCUGGACACAGGGGACCUGGACGCAGACAUCCAGGCAAUAGAGGCAGAGAUAGAGAGAGUUAAACAAGAGAAACAGGUGACUCAGGAAUACAGAAGAAACCUGUCGACGGGAAACAGCGCGUCCUGCUCGACCUCGGUCGCCAGCUCCGAGUACGACGCGGAUGAGGACACCAUCAUCGAUGUUGGAGGCAUCUCGGAUAACUUCUUCAGCGGGUCCGAGUCAGAUUACUUAAACACGUCCAUCUUGAACCUUCUGGAAGAUGGAAACGCAACAGACCAUGUUUCUUUGAGCACCUUUGAGUUGUCAGACAGUGACCUGGACCUACAAGUGACAAACAACAACGUGAAUGCAACACAGAGUAAUGACAACAACAAAACAGAGAGCAUCCCCAUCCUACCAAACCCACCCAGCCCUCCCAAGAAGAAGAGAAAACACUUGGACAACGUCCCAUGGACUGACAUGUCGGAUGAAGAACAGAUCAGCGUGGUGGAGACCCUGAGUCACGUGAUCAGUAACAGCAUGGGCCUACGGGAACAGCUGGAGGUCAUACGAAUCAUAAGUCCUGAUGCCAAAAUCCACCCCACAGACAGCGAGUUUGUCAUAGAUCUAGAUGUGAUAGAUGAUGAGAAACUGCAGCAGGUGCGGAACUAUGUGAAGACUUGUAUAGACAAGAGAAGUAAAGACUGCAGCUCGGCCUCCAGCAGCUGCAGUGAGUCCAGCAGCAGUGGCUGCAGCAGCUCCAGCGAUGGCCAUGUGCACGCCAUGACUCAGGCGGAGAAGACUAAGGAAUCAAAGAGACAAUCUCGUGAAAGAAGAAACCAGCUGAAAGCACUGAGACAGAGACAGAAGAAAGAACACAGACAGGCCAUGAAGGAGAAAAGAAGUGGAUUUUUUGGCAAGGAGGAGGUCCUUAAUUUGCAGAGGGUAAAAGAAGAGGAGGAGGAGAGUCUAGAUGUGGACAUACUUGGAUGACAUCACGCUCCCGUGGGAGUUUGCUACCAUAAAAUUUGUUUUUGACAAGUCUGUCCAGUUGCAAUCCCAUUGUGCUGCAUUGUUGCAGAAAGUUCUCAACAUGGUACCAAAUUAGAAGAAACCUGUAGCAUUUCAUUUCGGUAUCAACAGAGCAUUGUAGUCUUCCAGUAGAGGUUGGGAAUUUCAGAUGAUUGCUCUUAUACGAAAGUUGCUCUGUGUAUUAGUUUGGCAAGGCUGCAGAAUUUGUGUAUUGCGAGAUGAUUCAAAAGUCACUGCACACAGUAGCAAGGGUUAUCUUUGAAUUUGUGAUAUUCUAUAAGAGAUGCUCCAAGUCAAAGGAAUAAAUCUGGACCCACCCUAGCUUAGUACCAAACAAAACUGAUGUAUGUUGGGUCUUUGAUACUUAUGUUUGCUUGGGAUUCUGUUUGCUAAAGCUAUCAUUUCUUCUUGAUAACUGAGAAUGGCCGACAUCAGAGCUCUACAAAAAUUAUGACUCCAAGAUCAUCACAUUUAUUAUGACUUGUAUCAUCAUUUUUUUAAGAAUUCUUUUCUACUCAAACCUUUCUUCGAACGCUGAGUUUGUUACGUGAUGAUGACUUUCUGCAAUAAAUGGCUACAGUAUCUCUCUAUGACUUAACUACCACACAGAACAUGGUCAUCUGCAUUGUGUUCAUCCCUCUUGGAUAAAGACAAAAGAUGUACUUACCUGAACCAAAUAUGUAGUAUUUAUUCAAUAUUAACUGAUAUGAAAGAGUAAAAAA